AUGGAGCCUCAGAAUAUGUACGAUAAGUCGGACAAAGGGAAACAACUUAUGAUAGCUGAUCCCGAUAUAUACAGUCCAAUAAACUAUGAAGCUGAUUUGGAUACCGAUGAUGAGCUUGAAUUGCAGUUUUUGCAGGCCACACUUGAUGAUAAAGACAUAGCUUAUGAGCAGGAUUCUCCUGUUGACUGCGUAGACAAUGCCUCAUCAUCUGGUUCUUCCAAUUAUAACUCCAAGAAAGUUGACCAUUUUGUUUCGAUGGGCUUUGAGGAGAAAUUGGUGAUCCGAGCAAUCAAGGAAAAUGGUGAGGACAAUGAUGAAGCAAUACUCAACAGUUUAUUGACAUACCCGGUAAGUUCAAAUCCAUUGAUCAUAGAGUUUGAUAUUAAUGGCAUUUGUGAGGCUCAAUUAGUUUGUCAGUAUAAUGCUAUAUACCUGAAUCAUGAUAACAGGGUUCUUGAAGACUCUCUUGGAGAAGAUAAUGGUUCUUCCAAGCCAAAGUCACCCACUCAUAUAAAUGAGGACUUUUUAGAUGACUUUUCGGACUGUGAUAGUUCUUGUGGAGAGGCAGAGGAAAAAAGAAGAGAUGCUGAUUACAAAGACAAAACCAUAUCAAUAAUGGUUGAUAUGGGUUACGACCUUGAGGAUGUUCUGAUUUCUAUAGAGAGAUGUGGUUACGAUGCAUCCAUAGAAGAAUUGGCCGAUUUUAUCUGUGCUGCUGAAAUGGCGAAAGUUGCUGAUGCAACAGAAUUCCCUGACCGUAGUCGACAAGUUGAGAAACCUCAGAUGGAUAGAAAAAGAAAAUCUGUUCAGGUCAUCCAGAGGCCUAAAAAGCAACCAGUACCAGAAAGAAUGAUGGAAGAAAGAAGUUUCAAACAGAUGAUUGGGUUUGGGCUUCCAGGGUGCCCUGCUGUCAGAACCAGUAGGACACUACCUGAUGAGGCUUUAGGCCCCCCGUAUUUUUUUUAUGAGAAUGUGGCUUGUACUCCCAAGGGGGUUUGGGAUCAAAUCUCCCGGUUCCUGUACGACAUCGAGCCUGAGUUUGUGGACUCCAUACACUUUUCUGCAGCUGCAAGGAAAAGAGGGUACAUUCAUAACCUCCCCAUCAUAAACCGACAGCCUUUACUUCCUAUUCCACCAAAGACAAUUCAUGAAGCAAUACCUGAAACAAAGAAGUGGUGGCCUUCAUGGGAUAAGAGAACAAAGCUGAAUUGUCUUUUAACUUGCAUUGGAAGUGCUCAAUUGACUGAGAGAAUUAGGAAGAGGGUUGAAUCAGGCGAACCUUCUGAAACUGAUAAAAGGUUUGUUAUCGAGCAAUGCAAGAAAUGGAACUUGGUGUGGGUUGGAAAGAACAGAGUGGCAGUCCUUGAACCUGAAGACAUGGAGAUGUUGCUUGGAUUCCCAAGAUUUUACACUAGAGGUGUUAGCCGGACUGACAGAUACAAAACCCUGGGUAACUCCUUUCAGAUCGACACUGUUGCCUACCAACUCUCAGUUCUGAAGCCCAUGUAUCCAGGUGGCAUGAAUGUUCUUUCGCUCUUCUCUGGCAUUGGUGGAGCAGAAAUUGCCCUCUACAGACUUGGGAUCCCGUUGAAGAAUGUCGUGUCAGUGGAGAUUUCCAAUGUGAGCCAGGACAUACUCAGGCAGUGGUGGUCAGAGACAGAGCAAGAGGGUAGACUGAUCCAUGUUGAUGAUGUUCAAACAAUUGAUAAUAAAAUGAUGGAUCAGUGGAUUGAAGAGCUCAAUGGAUUUGAUCUGGUGAUAGGUGGAAGCCCGUGCAACAACUUGGCUGGUGGCAACCGGAGGACCAGAGAUGGGCUCCAGGGAGAACACUCCUCUCUCUUCUAUCAUUACUACCGCAUCCUCGAUUAUGUCAGAAUGUCAAUGAAAAGAAGAGCACCUUUCCUGUAGUUAGCAGCUUAACAAUCUGAGAACUUUUGUAGGUUUAACCAUACACCAAAUGACAAACUUAAGCAAUUUAUUAUGCAUGCUAUUGCAUAGGCAUUAUACAACACAAACAGGUAAAAUACUGCCUCAAGGACCUGAUUCAAUCUCAGUGUUUAGUUGAUUUUUUGGAGAUUUUAAUCUACAUAUUUGGAAACAAUCUUUCUUGUAUUGUUACUUGAGACA